GGGGCUCUGAUGGCGGGACCUGGGCGGGGACCAAUGAGAGUACGUCUUGCCCCUGAGCCUUCCCGUCGUCCAUGUUGUGUUGAGGAGCAGUGGAAAGGAGGAACCAUGGUAAAUAUAUGAUAACGCACCGCCAAGAUGUCCUCGUGGUCCCAGGGCCUGGAGUUCCUUGACCUGAGUGGGGUGAGUCAGGAUGAGCGCCAGGAACUCCUCUCCCUUGUCUCUGGCGCCAACCCUGCGGUGCUGGUGCUGGCUCCUGACGCCUCAGCUCCAGCCCCACUCCACCCAGCACCCCAGGCCAGGGAAGAGGAGGAAGACAAGGAGCAGGAGCAGGAACCUGAACAGGAGCUGGAGCUAGAGCCCAAACAUGAACAUGAACAUGAACAUGAACAUGAACAACAAACAUGUGGUGAAGAAGAGACUCAUCCACUCAGCUAUGGGAUGGAAGAAGAAACAGCCACAACUCAGGAGCUGGGAGUUUAUGGUGAUGAUGAAAGUAAGAUGAAUAUGGUGGCUGACUCAGCCACACCCAUCAGCCAAGACCCUGCCUUGACAACCUCUGCUACUGCAACAGCAACCACCACCAUCACCACCACCACGUCCACUUCUACUUCCACACCCACCUCCACCACCACCACUACAUCUGUUACGCUAGUUUCUUCCUCUUAUGGUGGAGCUGAGGGGAUUGGGCCUAGGGCCUUCACUGUUCCUCCACCAAGUCUAGGUGCACAGGGCCAAGCUGGAGGGCAGCAAGUAUACCAACCUUAUCCUACCCCAUCCCCAGGUAACCCUCCUAUGUACAAUCCUCACAUGCCACCUCCCCCUCAUCCACCCCACUUCACACAAAUGCCCCCUCCCCCAGUGCUGCCCCAUGGGGCCACAGUAUAUGUGGCCAACUGCCACGUUAAUUUCUCGUCUUCCCACAAUGGUGGACAGGGACAUGUGCCUGUUCUGGCUUCCACCCCAGGCCCAUCUCAGUCACCCCCUCCUCCAUCUCCUGUGGUGCCCCCACUUCAUGUGAUACCAGAUCCUGCACCCCAGCCACACCCACCCCAGGUCAAGCCUGUACAUGAAGGAAAGCCAGAGUAUGAGGGUCGCAGGAACUAUGAUCCUUUCCGGGGAGGUCACCGUGGCCGGGGACGAGGCCGGGGCAGGGGUAAGCGGAUGAACAUUGAGAGAGCUGGUGGUGAACCUCCUGGAUAUGGUGGUGAUAAGCAUUAUCAUGAGGCUGCACAAUUUGGAGGCAUAUCUGGCCCAUAUGUGUACCAAAAUUUGCCAUACCAUAUGAGGGGUGGUAGUGGCUACCCACCUUACCCAAAUGUGCCCACAGCCCAGAAUGUGCAGGGGAUGCCACUUAUGUAUGGUCAGCAAUAUGUGCAGUAUACACAUGCUCAUGGGCCUGUGACUCCUCUGCUGUCUUAUCCAUCAGGCCCCCCAGGCAGCCAACAUCAUCCUGCAGCUGCUCUCCAGCACCUGCACCACCAACAUUCUCAUCAUCACCCCAUUCCUCAGCAGCAGCAGCAGCAGCAUCACCACUUCCACCCGCAGCAGCAACACCAUCAUCACCAGCAACAGCAGCAAUCACAGCAGCAGCAGCAACAACAACAACAACAACAACAGCAACAACAGCAGCCAGAACCAGAAUCUCCCCAACAAGAACAUCAGUUCCACUUGCAACAAUCACAGCCACAACCUAACUUUGCAGAGCCACCAGAAGUUAUUGGCUCAUCAAACUUGCAUUCUAACCAGCUAUUUGUCUCCACUUCUCAGACAAGAACAUCCCAGUUUGAAAGUGUUGCUACUGUGGGUGUGUCAGCCCCAGCUGUUAACUUUACUCCCUCUGUUACAGCUCCUGCUGAGGCAGGCAGUGUCAGUCCUCUGACCAGCCAGACAGCCUCUCUGGUGCUGGAGGACUGUGUGGAGACCAGGACCUCAUCCAUGGGCAUUGUCAGCCCUGGCCAGGACGGUCCAGUCCCAGUGGGGCAGGAGGGAGAAGAAGCCACACCCCAAUCUACCACACACAAGCUGCCUCCAGCUCAUCACCAUCCUCCUCUACAUUCCCUACACUCACUUCCGCUUCCCAACCUUCAAGUGCCACCUCCAAGUCAGAGCCAAGGACCAACUUCAGGACAGGCCCAGGUACCACCAAGUCAAGGGCAGGUAUCUCCUGCAGGUCAGAACCAAGUAUUACCAUCAAAUCAGGUUGAGGUUCCACCUGGUCAGGUUCAAGUACCACCUAAUCAGAACCAAGAAGCAUUGCCACACCAGGCUCAGAUUCCAUCAAGUCAGGCUCAAGCACCAUCUUCAGGUCAGAAUCAAAUAUCAUCUCAGAACCAAGUUGUUGCAAUGGGACAGGCUCAAGUGCCACCAAGCCAGUGUCAGGGUCAAGUUCCCCCUCCAGGUCUUGCUCAGCUGCCUCCUCCAGGUCUUACUCAAGUAGCAUCUCCCAAUCAAAGUCAUGGUCAAGCAUCAUCUGUAAGUCAGGAUCAGAGUCCAGUUCCACCUCCAGGUCAUAACCAGCCACCACCUCUAAGUCAUGCCCAAGUACCAAUAUCCUCUCACGUCCAGCCACCAGCACCAGGCCAUAGCCAGGUGCCACCUCCCAGUCAUGGUGUCCAGGUACCUCCCAGUCACACCCAGAUACCUCCACCAGGACUUGCCCAGGCACCUCCUGGCCUUCCCCAGGUUCCUCCUCCAGGCCUCCCUCAUGUACCUCCACCAGGUCUUCCCCAGGUACCCCCUCCUGGUCUUGCCCAGCUGCCACCUCCAUGUCAAGUUCCUCCAGGUCAUAGCCAACUACCACCAGGUCAGGUUCAGGAACUGUCUUCAGGACAGAUUCAAACACAGCCUACUGGUCAAGCCAAGUCAACAGCACAGUCACAUACUUCACCAAGCCACACUCAUGCAACUCCUAAAGUUUCCUCAGGAAACAACAAUAGCAACAGUAGUAACAUUAGUGACAAGUCCUCCAAUAUCCCACAAGUAUUAUUCAGCCAAAUGAACAAGGGGAAGAUGGGAGCAGGUAUGGAACAAGCAAGUCUGGCAGACAUAACCUUCAUGUCAGAUGAGAUACAACCAGAUGUGGUGACUGAAAUUGCUGUGGACUUUGCAAGAACUUCACUUGUGGGUCCUGAACCCUCCCCCUCCAGUGUUACUUUCACCUCAGCUUUGUCAGUAGUAGAAUCACCAACACCACAAGGAAACACUCCAGCUGCUACUUCAGAGUCUGUAGUGAAGCAGACAAGCAAUGAUGUGGGGCUGAUAGGACCCAGUUCAAACCCACCAGUUUCUAGUAGUCCAGUGAUGGCAGAGGUAGUGAUUCCACAGCUUCCUGCUGCCACGGCCCCACCUGGGGGUGCUUGGGCCCAAAAGAAAAGUUGGUCUCAACUCUUCAAGCCAUGUGAUGAGGGAGGAGCAAAACAGGUAGCUUAUGUUGCACCCUUCAACCAAGGAUCUGAGAAGCUUUGUGAGGAAACUAUAGUGCCCCAUGAGACUACAGAUCACAAAGUCCCAGAUCCUACACUUUCAGAGGCUGAUGUAGAAAAAGCAAAAAUUGGAGAAAUACUGCAACAAUAUGUGCAAGAUCAUCACCAUGCAGCCCUACAGCCACGUGGCCUCAUCAACAAGGCCAACUGGUGCUACAUCAAUGCCCCUCUGCAGGCACUCCUUGCUUGCCCUCCUUUCUAUAAUCUCAUGAAGAACAUACCUAAUAUUGCUGGUCUCAAGAAGGGAAAAUCAUCAACCCCAGUUAUUGAUAGCAUUGUUGAAUACAUUCAUGAAUUUUCUGAGAUGGCCCCCAUGUUGAAGCCUUGCAAGAAAGACAAGAGUGGCAGUGGUGCUCGUAAGGAAGCCGAGAUUGUUCCAGGGCCGCCAUUUGAGCCAUCUUAUGUGUACAAGAUGUUGGCAACCAUCAAUGGAGACUUGUUUAGUGAUGGCCGUCAGCAAGAUGCAGAGGAAAUGUUGUCCUUUGUGCUUAAUGGUCUGCAUGAAGAGAUGGUGGAAGCACUAAAGCUGGCUGGGGAAUAUAGUCCAUCACCUACUGGAGAUCAUCCAGCUCUGAAUGGUUCUGUCAAUGGAGAAACCAACACCUCUGACCAUGAAGAUGCUUCUGAUGACUCUGAUGAGUGGCAGAUGAUGGGUCCCCGAAAACGCUGCUGUGUUACUCGCACUGCUGCUUUCACCCCAACCCCAAUUAGUGCCAUAUUCUGGGGUCAACUGAGGUCUGUGCUACACCAGGCUGGGGGUCACACUGCCAAUCUGCAGCCCUUCACCACCCUUCCUCUGGACAUACAGUCAAGCAAGGUGGAGAGUGUGAAAGAUGCUCUUGAUCAGCUUGUUAGCAAAGAGGAAAUACCAGACUACACUGAUGCAAAGACCAACCAGGAUGUUACUGUCUUUAAGCAGGUUUUGCUGGAACACUUGCCCAAUGUACUGAUCUUGCAACUUAAGAGAUUCAUCUAUGACAAAGAUGGUGGUUUACAGAAGGUCAUGAAGAAAGUUAAUUUCCCUAUUGACUUAGAAAUCACUAAAGAACUCAUGUCAUCACACAGUCGAGGAAAGUUCUCUCAUGUGCAAAGGAAGUACAAGCUGCUUGGUGUAGUAUAUCAUGAUGGAAAGGAGGCAACCAAGGGCCAUUAUGUAGUGGACAUAUACCACGGUGGCUACAACUGCUGGCUGCGCUGUGAUGACAGCUUCAUCAAGGAGGUGCCGGAAAGCAAUGUGGUGCGCCACGUACCACCUCGAGUACCCUACCUGUUGUUCUACCGACGUGGAGAUACUAUGGUUGGGCCAUCCACCAAAGCUAAGUCAUGAGAGCCACAGACAUCUUAGGAUAGAAAUGUGUUCAAGCUUUGGGAUUUCAGCAGUGUUAUAUGUAAACAAGACUUACUUACUAUUUUCAGUAAUGUUUGAAAAUGGCUCUCUUGAAGUGGUUUAAAAAAAACUUAUGUAGUUAUGUACUUGACAAGGAAAAGUCUUGUAUCUCUAACAUACAUUUUUAAAUCACAGUGCACAGUUGAUGGAAGUGGAAAUGUUCUUAUGUGCUGGAAUAUUAUAGAAGUGGUCACAGAUAAGUGAAGUGAUGUGAAAAGUCAGAUAUGGUACUGGUACUAAGAAAGGAACUGGAUGGAUGGAUAAAAAAAAAAAAAAAAAAAAAAUGAGCACUCUGCAAAAAAUGUUGUACCAUAAUAUGAUGAAGUGAAGUGAGAUGGCCUGGUGCAGGAGACCAAAACUGUCAUUGAUUAAGUCUCCCCCCCCCUCUCUCUCUCUCUCUCUCUCUCUCUCUCUCUCUCUCUCUCUCUCUCUCUCUCUCUCUCUCUCUCUCUCUCUCUCUCUCUCUCUCUCUCUCGUCUAGUUUUCCUCAUGUUUGAAAAGGAAAUACAUACUCUGCCUUUAAGUUAAGUAUUAUAAUCGUGUGUGUUUAUUUAAAGGACAUAAUACAGGUACUAAUGUGAAAGUGGAUGCCAUGGCUCUCAAAAAUAUGCUGGAGAAACUUGUUGUGUGUACUCUGUUCCUCAGGCAGGACUCCCUCUUGGCUUUUUGGACAGUCCUCAACAGGAUUCUCACAUUUUAUCCUGAAGUUACUUUACACAGUGAAUGCUUAAUUCCUUGGUAUUUGUAUUCUGCUUGUCAGUUUUAGUAUUGCUUCAGGUUUGUCUAUGUAUACUUUGAUCCUUUGUUACUUCCAAGUAGGUAUUUAAAUAAGGAUUGAAAAAGCUUGCCCAUGCACUGUCCAAGGAACUAAAAGAAGUAUCAUCUUGUUAUAUUACCAGUUGUCUGUGUAUGAUUUUAUAUUUGCCAUGGGCUUAAAAAGAAAAAAGAAAAAAUGCAUUUAAAGUAAGUCAUUGAAAAGAUGGGUAUUGUAAAUUAAUUAACCUAUCAAGUUGGGAUUGAAGGCUAUUCCCACAGGAAUAUUAUUGGUUGCUUUAUGAGAAAGAAUUGAAGGUUUUCCAUUAAGUUAGUAAUAUAUUUGCCUGCUGCAGUGUUUUGUGGCACCACCCAGCUGUGAACGACUUGAGUCCAAGCCAAAACAAUGUUGUCUGUGUGUGUAUUAAUAAUGAUGGGACCCCACCAAACUAAAGAUUUUGUUUCUGAAUGAACAGCACUAUUUUUUGUGCAAAGUUUUAAGUUUUAUGUUUUAAGUAUUGCAUUUAAAUUAUGAAAUUUCCAUUAAGAAAUUGUGUUUGCAUUUUGUUUUAGAUUUGGCUGAGGAUUAUGAUUGCCAGUAUCUAAGAGGACGGUCAUUUUACUAUCCAUUUAUUAUGUUAUGGUAUGCUGAGUGCUUUUUUUUAUUUAUUUAUCUUUAUUUAUUCCAUUUAUUUAUUUUUAUGCCAUUAGCAAGAGUUGGACUUUGGGGUAGUUAUGUUGAAGUUUAGGCUAUGAUUGUUUUCAUUUCAUUGCGAAUUGAAUGAGCGUGAGUGUAAUCUUCAGUAUCUAGAAAUUAUGUGAGAAGCGUAGCAUGUGCCUUUGUAAGGGCCACAGGGCAGAGCAUCUCAUGUCCCUCUUGGUUGAGUUGUUACCCCCAUUGAAGAAUAGAGAAUGUAUUUUUUGUGCCUGUUAAUAUAGAGGGAUGGUUAUGCUCAUGUUGAUUUCAGCCUGAGCAAUUAAUUCACCAAGAUGUGUCAGGUGAGAUAUUGCCCAAAGAUCAUAGCUCUGGUUUGUGCCUAUUGUUUAAUAGUAAGUAGAAGCUAUGCUGCAUUUGAAUAUAUCAGCUGGUUGAAUGCAUCCUUUAGAAAUUUUUAGCAGGCAUCUUCUCCAGUACCAGAAGAAAGUAAAUGAAAAAUUAUUGGAUGUUUCAUUACUUUGGGUGAUUGUUAAAUAUUCAACAUCUUUGGAUAAUUUAUGGAUACACAGUAUUGGUAACAUCAGCUUCCAGUUGUAUUGAUGUUUUAGGAUGUGUACAAUGAAAAAAAAAAAAAUUAUAUUCUAAUUAGAUAUACAGGAAGGGAGUUAUUGUAAAACAGAGUAAUAAUCUGUUAUGAGUAAUGUGCAUUAAAACAUACUGUUUGGAUGUAUUCUCAAUAUGUGAAGUAAUAAUGCACAUAGCUUACUGUCAUUACACAUAUACUAGCUUAUAUUGGGUAUGAAUGCUGAUGAGAAUGGAAGAAUGGUUGUAGAAGGUGGAAUAUGUAAUGGCUGAGUUCGUUUGUGUUGCCUAAUGCUUGAUGGCACUGUAUGGCUGUGCGGUAGCUUGUCUCAGGAUUGUACUAAAAUACUGUGACCAUUGGGAAUAUUCUUAAAUGCUACAGGCAUCAACUAUUAAUUAAACACUUUUCUAAAUUAUUUGAAAUUUAGUUUGACUCAAGUUGAACAUUGCGUCCAAGAAAAAAGAUUCUUCAGGGGGAAGGAGUGUUUUUUAGCCUCUUCGCUACAAUGCUACUGUUGUAUUUGGGUAUGUUUUUUCUUUGGAAGAAAAGUAUUAAAUAUUGCUCAUCAAUCAUACAUCACAAACAGAAAGAUGCAUAUCAAUUGGAAGCAGGGCAUAGAAAAAAGGGAUUGUAUUUUAGAACUUGGGAAAAUGAGAAGGGCAUGUUCAAAUUCAACAGAUAUAUGCAUUAAUAGUAAUUGCAGCAAAGAGGUUAUUACAAUGCAGUGUGUGUGUGUGUGUGUGUGUGUGUGUGUGUGUGUGUGUGUGUGUGUGUGUGUGUGUGUGUGUGUGUGUACACAUGCUUGUCCUGCAUAUGGUUUAGUGUGUGAAUCAUGAGUCGUGCCUGGUCUAGAGUUCCAAGGAGUGGGACUAGCCAAUACAUAUAUUUCACAGGAUUGAUUUCUUCAGUCCAAACUGUGAUGGGUUGUUAAAUUCUUGUAUGAUCAUUGACUUUAGUAUGAUCAUAUGUGUAUUUUUCAUGCAAGAGCAUAUUAUUAUUAUUAUUAUUAUUAUUAUUAUUGUCAUCACCAUUUUUCCUUUUAUAUUUAGCUACACCUGCCUAUUGUAUUAAUAAAGUCAAUAGUUGAUAGGUUUAUUGGAAAUAAGAAAACACACUGAACAGAUUUAAUGGUUUUAAAACCAAAAUUGAAAUAACAACUAGGCUUAAACAGGCUCAACUAGACUUUAAUGUGAUUAAGUUUACUACAUGAAGACAUCAUCUAGUUCACAGGUUCAGAGGCUUGCCAGGGAAAAUGUUAUAAGUUGACAUGUUUUCAAACACAUCAUAUACUUUAGGAUGUUUGCUAACAAAAGUUAUGUACUGGCAGGAUUUUUAAGUUUUCCUUGGUUCAGCAUUUUGUAACAAAGUUCCUAAUGAGUUGCUCUUGCUAAAAGUGUACUGGUUCUAAAUUGGUUUAGUUGAAAGUGCAUAAGUGAUAUUGUAAAUAUUGAUGUAUCUACAAUAAAGGACACCCCAACUA